AUGAAGAGUACACAUGGAGGGUGUGAGACAUCAUUCUUAUUGUCGAAAUUUGUCUACAGGAAAAGCUACUUAUCCACUAUUUAUAAAAAAAAUAAAAAAAAAGGGAAGAAAUAUAGUGCAAACUUCAAAAAUCAAGUCAUAGAAAAAGGGAAAUGUAAGAUCAAUAUUAUUCUUGGAUGAGUAUUGAUAAUUGGAACAUCUUGUAAAUACAUCUAUGAGUGAAGAAGUGAUAAAGAUGUGAAUAGAAGAAGUGAAGUCUAGAUUGUUAUUCCAAGGAGUGUUUAAACAUUUAAGUGCUUGACAUCAUUCUUAAAUACUUGAUAUAAGAAUCCAAAGUGUUUAAAGGUGCAUCAUUUCUAAUUGUAUUUUUUUUUUCUGUAUUGAAAUAUGAUGUUUGAGAUUUGUAAAUUUUUAUUUUCGUAAUUCCAUUGCUAAGGGACUAGCAAUGAUUUAAGUUGGGGGGUGUGAUAAGUCUUCAUUAUCAUGAGUUAAUAAUUAGUAAAUAAUAUAGUUUUAGCCUUAACUCAUGAUAAAUAGACUUAUAUUUGUGUUAAAGCAUGAAAAGUGGUUUUCAGUUGAUUAACGUGAAUUUUUGGGUAAUUAUGUGAUUUUAUACGAUUUUUACAGUCUUAGUUUUGAAAUAAAUGAAGAACAAGAAAUAAAAAUAAAAAUAUUGCAAAAUGGGGGAAUCCGCCGGCCAGCCGGGCCCGCAGCGGGUCGGAAGCGCAGUCGGGGAGUAGCCGCGAGCAGGGGCUCGAGCAGCUUGCUUGGAUCGAUAGGGGCACGUGUGCGCCACUCCCCUUCCACGUCACCGGUGAUCAGCCGGCUGUGGGGCAAGGAGUGGUCGUACACGCGAGAGGACUUUGCCUAAAGCUAACUUUACUAUAUAUUUGCCCGAAUAAUCCGCGUACAACCGAUGUGGGACUAAACAUUCAGGGGCGGGCGACCGCCGCAGGUUCGAAUCCUCCCAGAGUCAAAAUUCAUAUAUUUUUAACUGAUUAUCGCGACUUUCCUGCAGAUCGCCGGUGAAGGAUUAAGCAACCGGAAUCGCUGGAUCAUCGGCGAAAAUCUCGUCAACGUGAUUCGCGGAGCAUUGCUACUAAAAUUUCUGAACGAUUCGCGAUAAAAGGAUCGCAAUCCAUCGAGUAAAUCAUCUCCGAUUGAUCGACGAACAAGCCGUCGUCGGGAAGAGGACGAUCCGCCGGGAGACCAGUCGCCACCUUCUGAGAGCGUACCAGAUGCGAUGAAGAGCCUCCUCUUGCUGCGCGGACCUGAGGAUGAAGCUCCCUAACACGCGCCUCACCUCCAUCCAGCCCCUCUCCGUCGGGUGACAGCCGCCGGAGAGCCGCAAAGUCGCCGUUUUUCCGCUCCGCCGGGUGACAGCCGCCGGAGACGAUUCGACGACCCACUUCAUUGGUCUCUAGACUUCGCGAGAAGAUCUAGAGAUUGCCCACGUCGUCUUUGUCCAAGGAGAGCCUUCGAGGCCGUGGACACUGCACGACGACCCUCCCGAACGCUCAGGAUUCCGGUGCAUCGCCGACGCGUCGCCGUCGCGACGCCGGAACUCUGUUUUCCUGCUUUAUCUAGAGAUUGCCCACGUCGUCUUUGUCCAAGGAGAGCCUUCGAGGCUGUGGACACUGCACGACGAUCCUCCCGAACGCUCAGGAUUCCGGUGCAUCGCCGACGCAUCGCCGUCGCGACGCCGGAACUCUGUUUUCAUGCUUUCAAUUUAAUUUACGCUUCAUUUAGUGAUACUUUGUUUAUUUUUAUUUACCAAACUAUACUUCGUUCAACUACGAUUCUUCCGGCUUUUACAGAUCUUAAUUUGAUUAAUUGAGUCGUCUGUAAUCGCCUACGUAAGAAUCGCCGGGCGGAACUGUGUUUCCGCCUGAUUCACGUUUGCCGGGCGCUGACAUCAUCCUGACGUCCGCACCCUUAUUUCCUUUUUUUUUCUUGAAUUUUAAAUAUAUUUCCUUUUUAUUUCCUAGUAUAAAAUUCAUAAGAAAAUCGUACUCAUUGAGAAAAAUUCUGAAUAAUUACCAGAUAUUAUAUUACAUCCCUGUGAUCGACCUGGAAAAUUACCGCUAUUUUUGGAAUUUUUAUUGAAUUAUAAUUGAUAUAUUUAUUUAGAAAUACUUCUAAAUAUCCGAAAAUUCGUAUUUUCUAGUUUUAUAAAUUUUAUAUUUGCGUGAUUUAACAUACAACGACUGAGUCACGUCACCCACUAAUUUUUAAGCCCUUGUAACAUCAGGUCUAAAGUGUAAUACAGGUUUUGGCUGUGUGCAGCCUUUUGGCUCCUCUUGUCUGCAUUUUAGCAAAAUCAAUAAUGAAUAAAAGACCAUGGGAUGACUUCUUGUUUUGAUUUAGACUUCUCACCUUCCAUUCUUCCAUUCUUGAGGUGAUCAUCAUAUUCCUCAAUGUCUAGUCUUGACUAUAUAUUCCUUAUCUUAUCCUAAGGGUAAUAUAAAACAAAAAAGUAAAAUUUUAUUUGCUGCCUUUUUGUAACAGCAAUAAAUGCGAAAGAGAAUGAAUGUUUUAAGAUUUUUUCCCACACAAAAUUUUAAGUCAAAUUUAAAAUCAAUUUUCACAUGACUUGGCCACAAUCCGUUAUAAUUAAGAGCUUUAAAAAAUUUCAAAACUCUUUUGCCAUUUUCCCUUCUCCAAUAUCAAGAAAGUCCUUCCUCAUUAGUUAAUAAAUGCUUAGUGAAGGCAAAUUUUCUGUCCCCUAACAAAAAUAGUUCACAAUACUCAACUCAAGUGCUAAGAAUAUUUAGGACAACAAGAAUGUUAAGGGGUGAAAAAUAUUUGAAGCAGCAAAGGAUUAGUGAUGUAACCCUUUUCUUCCUUUUUAAUUGGCUUGCUUUUCUCACUAGAAACUUCUCUCCUUUUACUAAGACUCAUUAUUCUACAAUAGGCAAUAAACAUAACAAGCGUGGAGAACAUUUGUUAGUCACUGUCGACCUCUCAUCUCGACCCCAUCAAGGAAACUAGGUACGGCACAAGGAAGGUAUAUAACAUAUGACAACAUCCUUCUGACCUUGUCCUCAGAAGUGGUAGUGUAUGUUGAUUCUUUGUUUUAUGUAGUAGCAAGGGUAGUCUCUUGUAAAUUGGUCUAAUAGUGUCAGACAUGUUAGGGAUAACAUUUCUUCAGUCAAAAUAAGCAUUACCUACAUAGAAAUUUUUUGAGCAAGACAUCAUAUAUGAACUUCAAUGGAAGCAAUGUUCAUGACGUGAAGUAAGGUAAGAGAAAGAACAAUUCGUAACAAGAGCACUAACAUAAGAAUUUUACGUGGUUUAGAGGUUGGCCUCUUACAUCUAUAGGCGAUGAUGAAAGCUCUACUAGAUGUGAAAAGUAGUAGAAGAGAAUUACUCUUCAAGAACCUAAAGAAAAAAUAUUUGAUCUUGACCCUUCUAAGAUCUCAAAGAACGAAUCCUUGAUCUUGGUCCUCUAAUGCACUCCAACUCAAGAAACUUUUCUUGAAAGUUCUUUACCAAGAACUCUCUCUCUAUGCUUUGAGUUGCCCCAAAUUGAGAAAAAGUGACCUUCUAUUUAUAGGCACCUUGCAAUCACCUUGGUAACCAUGCUAAUAAGAAUCUUGAUAAACAUGUCAAAAUAUUUUUCCUUCUUUUGCUUGCAUUGUUCUUUCCUUGCACCAUUUCUCCCUUUUGUAUUAAAUUCAAGCAUUUAAUGUGAUAGUCACCUUAGUAAUUGUGCCAAUAAGAGCCUUGAGAAACACACCAAAUGGUUUCCCCUUCUUCUAUCUGCAUCAUUCCUCUCUUACACUACAUUUCUCCUCUUCGCAUUAAAUGCAAGCAUUUAAUGUGGCAGCCACAAAAAAAAGGUAGGCCACAUAAAAUAUUGGCAGCUCAUCUAUGCAUGCCUCUUAUAUGUACUAGCCUCAGCUAAGGCAGCAGCUCCACGCAAUUGUUCAUACUACAAUUUUAUGUGAUGGGUUAUAUAAUCUAGGCAAACAAACCAACCAAGGCACAAAAAAUGUUGCAUCUUCUUUCAUAGCCCAUAGAACUCUUUCCUUUGUUUCUUUCUCAAGAAGUUUAUAGAUUAUACAUUUUGCAUGGAGCAUUUUUCCAAAAAAGUCUUUUAAGACCAAUGCCACAAACAUGAUCUGGUCCAUAGAAACUAUAUGAUUUCGAGAUACAUUUGGUUUCUUUGGGACUUAAUAAGCAACUAGUCUUUCAAACUGAAAUAUUGAGAUUGAUGCAUCAGAAUGAUUGGCCCUUUAGAAAAAUAGAAUAGCAAUUGUUAUAUACUUUUAUAGCCUAAAUUCCCACUUCAUACCUAACUUUCUGAUAAACUGUUUGGUAAUAGUUCAAUUUCCAAGGGAUUAACUGCAGGCAAACCAAGGAAAAUGUUGGAUUAUCACCAAGUAAUUUUGUGGAUAAAGAUAUUAUUCUUCUUUCAAGUUGGUAUUCCACUUAUGAACAAACUCUUUAGCCCUUAGAGGAUUUCUUCAAUCGAGUACAUCAUCUCUUUGUACUAUUUCAUCAAUUUUGUACAUUCUCACUACUGUAUUCAUCCUACUUCUAGUAUAGGUAUUCAUGUCUAAUGCUCAAUAUAUGGUGGGUAACAUGGUGGGUAACAUGUCUAAUGAUCCCACUUCUAGUACAAGCAUUCAUACCCUUCUGCCAUUACAACAUAAUCCUACUUUUAAAAAUGUCUUUCAACUCUUGAGGAUUUGUUGAUUACUAAAUUAGUGUUUUUCACUAAUUUGUAUGAGGAGAGUUGACUCACUUGAAAUGAAGGUCAUUGUGACACAGCACAGUAAGACCAAAUACAGAAAAGAUAAGUUACUACAAUGUAGUAGAAUUAGAUGUUAAAAUGAUAGUUCAUAUCAUAUUUAUAACUUUUACUAGCAUAAAAUUUAAAGAUUAAAACCUCUAACAUUCCAAGAAAUAGUUCUAUUGACUAUGUUCAAUAUUUUGACCUAUUUGCUAAUGAGGACCUAUCGUUUGGCUGAACAUGAAUAAUCCAAAUUGCCAUGUUUAUUUAAAGAAAAGAUGCAUUGAUGAUUAGCUACAAUUUAAUGGAAAGUGAUAAAUAUGCUCCACGUGUUGAUGUGAACAUAAUAGCAAUAGUGGAUGCAAAAGGUUCAAUAAUUACUCAGCCAAGCCAAGCUAGUGUUUAAAGCUACUUUCGUUCAACAUGUUUUACUGAUGAAUGGGACUGGUAGUAGCAGCAAACACUAAUUCACCAGUGUAUACUAGGUGUUAUACAACACUAUAGAUUUUCAGAUUUUACCACCAAGGCAUGAUCCUAUUGGAACUUGUAACAUUGUUCAUCUCUCUCUUUUAUCAUCUACCUGUUUGCCCUUCCUCACCCUUUUCCAACACCUCUUUUUCAUAUAGAGACAAGACACAAAUCAAUUGUAUGUCUCUUUCUUGCCCUCCUCUUUGUCUACCUUUAUUCUGUCUCUCUCAUCACCAUUAUCCAUCACAUAGCAUUUGAUUUCAUAUAUGUAGAAAGAAUAUUAAAUCUCUUAAUAAAAGUUCCUAGGUGCCUAAUAAGCACAAAAACUCAUGCAAAUAGAGAAGUCGAAUUAGGUGUGUGAGAGAGAAAACUAUUAGAAUAUUCAAAAAGGAUGUGCCUGAGUCGUUCCCUAAACGAUACAAGUGGUGGGCACGGAAAUUGAAUGCUGGACGAAUAUUCUGAUGCAGUAUAACAUACAAAUCUGCUGAGAAUUGAGUUUGUUCAAAUGAAGUGAAAUUCAACAUUAUUGUCCAGCAUGACUUUGGAUGGAGAUUAAUUGGUUGCGGAGUAAUUCUUUCAAGAUAUGAGGAAAGCAAUGUGUUGACUAAUUACCGUCCAAUCUGGUUUCAAACCAUUUGUAAAGAUUAUUCAGUGUUUUAAGAAGCACAUUCGCAAAGAGUCACAUGACAAAUAUAUUUAUUGACCUCAAUUUGACUUAUUUUAAGAUCUCGUUUCCUACAAAUGUAUCGGUAAGUUUUGUUCAAAUUACUUCAUCCGUUGGAUAUUAUGACAAAGCAUAAAGUUGAAGCUUCAGUUUGAUUAAUUUUCUAAUUUCGAUUGGUCAUGUUUAGACUCAUGGCAUUAGCCUUGCUCCAUAUCAUCAUAGCUCCCUCUCUCUCUCUCUUGCUAUCGCUUGCUCACUCCCAAUCUCCUCUACUUUUUCUUAUCUCGAUUGGUCAUAUUUAUACUCAUGACAACAACUUCAGUUCAUUUGAUGGAUGCCCCAAUUUGGAUUGGACAGACCUCGAGCUAAGGAUGGGCACCAAGGGAGGAGUGAAGAGACAGGUUGCUGGAACUUCACUGAUUUACGAACGCUAAAUACAGAGUGAGGGUCCUCAGACUUUGAAGACCAUGAGGAACUUAGGGAAAGGGGAUACAAGAAAGGUAGUGUUAAAGGAUCAACUAACACCUAAUCAUGACAGCCCAUUAAUAGAUGUACAAGUGGGCUCACUACAAGAAGGUUAUAAUCAUUUUGCCAGCUUAGGUGUUUGAUUUGUACCAAUGAGAGCAUGUCCUUGAGACCUCAUAAAAUAGGAAAUCAGACUCCUAUAAAAGGAGGUGUACAUCAAGAAUCCUCAUUGUAUUCAGUCUCUUCUUCUUCUUCUCUCUUAUCUUUCUCAUUUCUCUUCUUGGUGUCAGAGCCAAUGGCAGGACAGAAUUCUUGAUCAAUGAUGAAUUCCUCAUUGUCAAUAGAGAUUACAAGGUACGGAGAUAAUCAGGUUCUCUUUGUCAUGCAAUCAGCCUCUUCGAGUUCAAUUGGAUUGCACAUUUUGAUCAAGCUCAGUUGGGAGAAUUUCCUCUUAUAAAAAACUCAACUUUUCCUUUUGCUGAAUUGUUAUGAUCUUACACAUAUUCGCAAUCAAGAUCUACCAAUUUCGAUACAAACAAAUUUUGCAAGCAAAGUUAUUGUGAGUCCUACAUAUUAAACAUCGUGGAAGCAAGAUCAACAAGUUCUUUCUCUUAUUGUUUCUUCUUUCAUAGAUGGGUUUUACCUACAUAGUUAGUCAAAUAAUUCAAGAGCCUUCCUUAUGCAAAAAGUGGCAAUGGACCUAUGGCAUCAACAACUUGGUCAUCCGAAUUUUAAACUUCUUCAUCACAUAAUUACUACUUAUAGACUCUCCACUUUGGCUUUUAGUAAAAAAUCCACUUGUGAUGCAUGCCUCUCAUCCAAAUCACAUAGACUUCCUUAUGGAGAUUCAAUGAAUCAAUCAAACAUACCACUUGAAUUAAUUCAUUCAAACCUAUGGGGCCCCUUGCCAACUACAUCACAUCUUGGUAACAAGUAUUAUGUUAUCUUCAUUGAUGACUUUUCUAAGUACACAUGGUUGUAUCUGUUGAAACUCAAAAGUGAUGCUUUAGAGACAUUUGUGAAUUUUCAUUAGCAAGUGGAGCGAUAGUUCAACUUGAAAAUCCAAAAUUUUCAAUAAGACUAGGGAGGUGAGUUUCAAGUAGUGAGUAAAUAUUUAAAAGAACAUGGUAUAAAUCAUCGAUUAUUCUAUACUCAUACACCAGCUCAAAAUGGCACUACUAAAAGGAAGCACAGAUGUGAUUGAAACUACCCUUUCUCUACUCACUUAGUCAUCCAUGCCUCACAAAUUCUGGGAUGCAGCCAUUUGCACUAUAGUCUAUUUGAUUAAUUGGAUGCCACCAAGUUGAAUUCUCAGUCAAAGAGGUGUGUUUUCAUUGGUUACAAUGCCUUUCAUCACAGUUAUAGGUGUCUUUCCUUGACAUGUGGUCAAAUUUACAUCUCUCGGGAUGUCAUUUUCACUCAAAAUUCUUACCCUUAUGUAGAGAAUUGGGGUUGCAAUUCUUCACCUACUCAAACUGCUUAUGGUGUUCUUGGCUCAUGCCCAAUUGAACCCUCAACACAUACACCCAUCCUUAACAUCAUUAACUCCUUUACUCUCUCUCACACAUCUCUUGUUUCCAACCUUAACUUGCCACCCACUCCUUUACCAUCAUCACCCCACUAUGAUUUCGACCAACCUCCUUGUGACAGCCCUUUACCUACCUCACCACUUGAUCAUAUUCCAUCCAUUAAUUCUUUGUCUCCCUUUAAUUUGGACCAUCACUCUUCACCUUCCCAUACUCAAACCAAAUCACUUGUAGACAUUCUUCACUCUGUUGACCAAGUCAACCUUGUCAGACCUGUUAAAUAUCCUCUCCCUCAUUGCUUUUCAAUCACCAUAGUGACCUUAUUCGAACCACCUAGCUACUCUUCUGCUUCUCGACAGUUUAAUUGGGUUCGAGCCAUGAACAAAGAGUACAAUGCUUUGAUUCGAAAUCACACAUGGUGGCUUGUGCCUUGCCCAUCAAAUUGACUGGUCAUUGGGUGUAAGUGGGUGUACAAAACUAAACUCUCACUCGAUGGCAAAUUUGAGUGAUUCAAAGCUCAAUUAGUGGCAAAGGGUUUUCAUCAAGAGGUGGCCAUUGACUAUCAUGAAACCUUUAGUCCCGUGGUCAAGGUCACCACAAUUUGACAUCUACAUUCAUUAGCAGUCAAUCAACAAUGGUAUAUUCGUCAACUUGACAUAUCUAAUGUGUUUCUUCAUGGCGAUUUGAAGGAACUUAUCUACAUGGAGCAGCCUCAAGGAUUCAAGCAUCCUAAGUUCUCUAAUUGUGUCUCCCAACUUUAGAAGUCUCUAUAUGAUUGAUAAGUCUUCAUCUUCAUUAUCAUGAGUUAAUAAUUAGUAAAUAAUAUAGUUUUAGCCUUAACUCAUGAUAAAUAGACUUAUAUUUGAGAAUGAUUUUUGGUUUUCAAUUGAUUAACGUGAAUUUUUGGGUAAUUAUGUGAUUUUAUACGAUUUUUAUAAUCUUAUCUUUGAGAUAAAUGAAGAACAAGAAAUAAAAAUAAAAAACAUUGCAAAAUGGGGGGACCUGCGAGCGGGUCAGAAGUGCAGUCAGGGAGUAGCUGCUUGGUCUGUAGUAGGUAUUUGGUUUAUUGCUUUAGGUAUUAGUAUUAUGGCUUUCAACCUAAACGGUUUCCAUUUUAACCAAUCCGUAAUUGACAGUCAAGGUCGUGUUAUUAACACUUGCGCUGAUAUCAUCAACCGUGCUAGUUUGUUUUCAUGUAAAUAGAUUAAAGAAGUUCCCACCUUAUCCAACCCCUUUCAUUAAGUACCUCUCCCUUUCCUUUUGUCGAGUGACUUUGUUCCUCCUCUUCCUUAUUUUAUACUGUAAGUCAAAUAAGAUGUACCCUUAACACGUAGAAAGCAAGAUGGGUGUUCUCAAUCGGCGAAGCCUCACUCCCUAGCCCAGAGAUAUAAAUAAAACCAACCGAAAGAUGUUCUCAAUCGGCGAAGCCUCACUCCACUAACUCAAAAACCAAUAAUAAAACCGACAGGGGCAUGUUUGCGCCACUCCCCCCUUCCAUGUCACUGGUGGCCAGCCGGCUGUGGGGCAAGGAGUGGUCGUACACACGAGAGAAGGGACUUUGCUUUCAAAGUUAACAUUACUAUAUAUUCGCCCGAAAGGCACACAACCGAUGUGGGACUAAACCCGCGUCACACCUUCCUCACAGGCGGGAGACUGGCACGGGUUCGAAUCCUUCCAUAGUCAAAAUUCAUAUAUUUUUAUCUGAUUAUUGUGACUUUCCUGCAGAUCGCCAGUGAAGGAUUAAGUAAUGAGAAUCACUAGAUCAUCAGCAAAAAUCUCGUCAACGCAAUUUGCAGAGCAUUGCUACUAAAAUUACUGAAUGAUUCCUGAUAAAAGGAUCGCAAAUCCAUCGAGAAAAUCAUCUCCGAUUGAUCGACGAACAAGCCGUCGUCGGGAAGAGGACGAUCCGCCGGGAGACCAGUCGCCACCUCCUGAGAGCAUACUAGAUGUGAUGAAGAGCCUCCUCUUGCUGCGCGGACUUGAGGAUGAAGCUCCCUGACACGCACCCCACCUCCAUCCAGCUCCUCUUCGUCGGGUGACAGCCACUAGAGAGCCGUAAAGUCGCCGUUUUUCCGCUCCGUCAGGUGAUAGCCGCCGGAGAUGAUUUGACGACCCACUUCAUUGAUCUCUAGACUUCGCGAGAAGAUUUAGAGAUUGCCCACGUCGUCUUUGUCCAAUGA